AUGCACAACUCCAACAACAAAAACAGCGAAAUUUGUUGCCGCUUGCCAAGAAACAACAACAGCUGCAACAACUUCAUCAAACCCAAAAUAAACAUCCGUUUUUUAAGCGCCUUAACUUCAGACAACAAAUCCCUUUACAUCAACAACAACAACAACAACAUCAAAAACAAUAUCAACAACAACGACAACAAAAUCAACAACAACAACAGCAACAGCAACAAAAUCAAAAACAACAACAACAUUAUCGGCAAAACAACUCACGCCAAUCAUACCAAGAAUACCAAUAUCAAUCAUCUCAACGACAACAUCAACAAUUUCUUACGCAACAACAUAAGCAAGCAAAAAAGAAGCUCCAGCAAUGAGCCAACAACAACUACUACUGCUACAACAACUACUCCUUCCACUACUACUACUACUCCAUUUGAAAUUAACCACAACAGCCACAACAACAACAUCAACAUUGUUGACGCAACAUUUGCGAAAAGACCCAAAAAGGAGAUAGAUAUCAUUUUCAUGCUAGAUUCAUCAGCCUCUGUAGCUAAAGAUGGAUGGAUAAAAUCAAUCCAAUUUGUCAAGUCCCUGCUUGGAUACAUGACGGUGGGGGAAGACAGCGCUCAGGUAUCCGUUAUAUCCUUCAAUAACGAUCCUACCAUCCUCAUUAAUGGAUUUAAAAGGGAUAAUAAUACUAAUAAUAAUAAUAGUAAUAACAAUAAUAAUAAUAACGAUGAUGAUGGCGACGAUUAUGAAGAUCUUGACAUCAUCCUAGAUGAGAGUAAUAAACAUCAGCAACAUCAGCAACAUCAACAACAACAUCGUCAUCGGGUCAACUUUUCCUACAUUAACACUCCACACAACAACAACAACAACAACAACAAAUGCACACUCUACGAACAGUUAGAUUACCAUAGCGACUACAAAAACUUCAACACAAGCGGUUACACAAACACCCACAAAGCUCUUUUCUCGGCAUUCUCGCUACUGAAUCAAACUCGGACCCACUCUAAGAAAAUUUUAGUGCUUAUUUCUGACGGAAAUUCAAAUUUAGGCGAGGCUCCAGCCAAGUUUGCUGAAGAGAUGAUCCUGUCAUUUACGCGUGAUGACAAGUGGGACAAAAAAAGUUUUGGGCCAAAAUUGGAAAUUUUUGCCUUUGGAAUCGGAAAGAACUCAAAUUUUGAAGAGCUGAACUCGAUAGCGUUGAAUGUUGACAGCACUGAACAACAUGUCUACUCGAUUGAGAACUUUGUAGACAGCAGCAACAACGACAAUGACGUCAUCUACAACAACAACAACAACAACAACGACGAUGACGACACCAUCAACAACAGCGUUGAGGACAUCAAUGAUAUGAUCUUCAAUGAUGACACCUACUACGACAAAAACAUCAACAACAACAACAACAAUAAAAACAACAAUAAUAAUAACAAUAACAAUAAUAAGAUUUGCACCUGUAGUGCUAGGCGGGGUAGGUACGUGUUUUCCUGCCCACCUGGAUACGAAAUGGCCGACGCAAUAUGCACAGAAUGCAAACUCGGUUACUAUAGCAACGUAGCAAGCCCAGCCCCCUGCCAGCCCUGCCCGGAAGAGCUGACAACCAAUCAGAGAGGUUCCACGGUUUGCGAUAAACGGAGACCAGGUUACUUCUCGUGCCCCGACCUUGACCCCAUCCCGAACGCCAUUGGUCAUCUGGUUCCUGGCCUCGUGAGGGACGAAUCUUAUUUAGUAUCUUCUAUUUCCGGAAACUGCGCAAACGUCACAAACGGAAACACGUGUCACUUUCGCUGUCGCAAGGGCUUCCGGUUGUUUGGAUCGCCAUAUUUGAUAUGCGAUGAUGACGGGAGCUGGAAGGGGGAUGUGCCAAUUUGUGCCAGAAUCACGUGUCCAAGAACUUUACCGAUGAAUCCAAACUACGACGUCACGUUACUAAACAACUCCUACACUUACUUAUCUAUGGUGGAGCUAAAAUGUAAACAUGGGUUUUUCCCACUGGGUCCGACUACCUACCAAUGCGAUGAGUACGGGGUGUGGAGGCACGUUCAUAAGUUCUACUGUGUGGAUGCUUCUUCAAUAACGUGCCCGCGAGCGAAGUUAGAUAGAUAUGCUCAAUUCGACAGCGAUGCUUGCUACCAAGAGAGGGUUCCGAUAGAUACAGAACCACCGAGAAUAAACUGUCGCGAUGACGUCAUUUUAGAGUUAUACCCCGGCGAGUACGUGGCUCACUACGUCGCCAACCUCUCUCUCGUGUCCAUGAGCGAUAAUUCGGGCAUCUACAAGGGGGCCAUUCAUGGAGCCCCUGAGAAUUCUUUUUACCACCUCGGAGAACAUUUUUUGGUCUUUGUAGUAACCGAUGAUGUUGGCUUGAGCAGUCAAUGCGUCAAGAAAAUUAUCGUGAGAGCCAGAAAAACUGACAUAACCUGCCCGUCAAACCAAACAGUUUACAAGCCAAUGAACAUGGAUUCGAUACAAGUGAACUGGGAGUUCCCACAAGACAACGAUCCCAACAUUAAAGUGGAAUGCAAUCUCGAAAGUGGUAGCAGCUUCCAAGACGGAACCUUCCAUGUAAGCUGCCUUGCAGACGAGCUUCAGCACUGUGAUUUCUUCGUCAAUGUAAUCGAUCUAAUCCCAAAUUGCUCCUUCCCGCUCGAAAACAUCCUCCCAACGAACGGUUAUUUAGACUGUUUAAAAGUGAACAGUGCCGAAAAUUUCUACAAGUACUGUUUCAUACGCUGCCCUAAGCAUCACAAAUUAUUUGGGACGAAAUGGACCCGCGGACCGUAUACGGAAUUGAAGAUGGCGGUCUUCAAGUGUACUUACGACAAUCAAUGGUUUGACGGAAGUGGGGGGUUGAUUGGCGGAGAGACCAAAGAUGUUAAAUAUGAAUGCAGAGAAUAUCAACAACAUCAACAACAACAACAACAACAUCAACAAACAAAAGCCUUCGGUCUCUGCAGCCAACAGCAAGAUGUAAAAAAAUUAAAACCAACGUUAAAUGACAAGAGCGUCCUUGAUUACGAGCAGGAUGUUAAUGCCAGUAUCGUAACGAUAUCGGAAUAUUCGAUUCCGAUAUCUAGUAAUUUCGAGACUCUGGGCGGAAGAACAAAAUUGAACAUACCUUUCAUAUUUACAAAAAUUGGCAAAAUCAAGAGCGAAUACCGCAACAACAACAACAACAAUUUAUACAAAUAUAACAUCAACAACGAGCAUGGCACUAAUAGCAACAGCAAUCCUAGCAUUAACAACAACAACAUUAUCGUCCCAAGCAACAACAACGACAACCACCAGAGCAAGGAAAACUUUACAAUGGAGAUCGGCGACUUAGAUGAAAGUGUUGUGAGUUAUCGUGGUGGGAGCAGUGGUGAACACGUCCUCAUCAUGCAAAUAUCUCUGAUGGUCAUUUCAUUCCUGUCGUCUUCAUCACUGUUUGUCGUCGUCGUUCGCUGGCUACUUCGUGGAAAAAAACAGAAAUAA